AUGCAGGGAGAUCUUCAAAAAUCAAGACGUCUGUAUCAAACGCUGCUGCUCCCCAACUUCAGUAGCAUUGAUGAUGUGCGCCAAUCAUACAAGUCGUUGGUCUUAAAGUACCAUCCCGACAAGAACCUUGAUGAUCCGUCGGCGGCUGAGAAGUUCCGUGAUGUUCGCGUGGCGUACGAGAUUCUCUCGAAUGUAGAAGCGAAACGAAAAUACGACAGCAACCUGCGCCUGUUCCAACCACUUGGCGUCAAUUCCUAUGUACCUGGAGCCAGAACGCCUCGAAAUCCGGCAGCGGCGGCGGCGGCGACUGGGUCGGAGGCAGGAUUCAACCCUUACAUGCCGACGGGCAAUGCGACGAGCAGCAUCUACGAGGAGCUUAACACCUACGCGGCGAAGAGGGCCGGACGGCAACAGCAGAGACGCGCCUCCUCUGCUAGAGUGCAAGAGGACCGUGCGUCGCAGUACACAAAAGAACAAAAGGAGUUCUUUAAAAAGCGCGAGAAGGUGCACCAGGCGGAGCUGCGCAAACGACUGGAACAAGAGAGGCGCGAGCAGCGCGAGCGGGAGUUGGAGGCGCUGCGCCGCGAGCAGGAAGUGCAGCGCUGGCACCAGCACCGCCCGGCGAAGGGCACACGCCGCACCUUCUCUGCGUCGGGGGUGCAACGUGCGUCGCCCAUACCUACAGCCGCUGUCGAUCCUCAGCGGCAGGCGGAGAGCCGCAAGAGCCCAGCGAAGCCCAUGUCUGCGCGUGAGCCCUACACAGGUGUGAAUAUGCCGGACACCGUGCGCCCCGUGCCGUCGCCGCGUGUUCGCCGCCCGUCGGUGGAUCAGGACGCUGAUCGGGCGGAGCGGCUCCGGCGCGAGAAGGAGCGGCAGACAGAGGUGCGCCGGGCGGAGCAGGAGAAAUACGUGGAGCGGCUUAUGAAACAGCGUAUUCGUGAGUUGCGGCUGCGGAAACGCGAAACUGAAGAAGCAGAGCAGCAAGAACGCGAAAACCAGCAGCAACUUUUCUUUCUUAGUGAGAAUAGUGAGCGAGAACAGAUGAUUCUGCCGCAGGAACAACUAGAACGUAGAAGGCUCUGGCGGGAGUACAAGCAAUGCAUCCGUCACUGCCUGCUACGCCUCCGUUCUCAGCGGCAGGUAACGAUGGAAAAGACGUACAGGAACCUCAUCGAGGCGGAGGCGGAGGCGCAACUUCAAGUCUUGUACCUGGGAACAAUGGAGGCAUGGCAGCGUGGUGUGUGUCAUAUGAAGGAAAUAUUGGCGUGGAAGACUCUCACGUCAUGGAAUUUGAACCAAUGGUGUGGAAUUUGCAUCGAGGAGCAGACGGCAGUUGCCCACAGACAUCUCGUCUUAUUUGAUGACUUGUGUACCAGCGAGGCAUUGGAGUUUACUCUUAUUGAGAUGCAGCAGAAGGAAGAUGCGGCUCGGAUGCAGGUGGUUGAGCAACAUCGCCACCUGAUCGCGAAGUACCGUGGCGCUUUCCAACCAAUGCUGGAACGGUAUUCGCUGAUGGGCGUAAUGAAAGAGCAACGUGCUUUCAUCGCACACACAGAAGAUACAGAACGUGCAAUUGUGUUAUUGGCUAUGCAGGAGUCCGUUGACCGCUGCGCAGUGCAGGGGGAGGAGGAAGAGGAAGUUCUGAGGCUCAUUAAGCAGCGCGCGGUGGAGCGGCAGGCAGUGCACAUCGCCGAUGAGGAGCGUGCGCGUGUGGUGGAGAGACGGGCCAACGCUUCAGCCAUCGCCACGUUGCAAGUUGAAAUUCAGCGAUUGAAGCGGGCGUUGCGCGCCGAGAGCUUGCCAGUGCCGCGAGAAAAGAGAGGGUGCAGUGCCGAAAGCACCUCACCGUACCGAGCAAGGCCUUUACUCAACAAUGACGCCGCUUCUGUCGUACGGAACAGUGUGGAUGUCGUGGGCAGCGGCCGAUACGAGAGCGUUAACGCUGGUAACAGCAACGUGCAGCUCGACGGUACGCCGCGCCAGCGUCCUCGACCCGCCACACCGUCGCGAACUCCCUCGCCGCCACGGCCACUCCGUGAAACGUCGGUGGUAGCUGUAACAACAACAACAGCAAUGCCUACAGCAUCUGUCUCAACAACAACUCAUCAGCAAGUAGUGGAAGUCAGUGCGUCACGUCGUGCGACGGCGCCUGACGCCAAAUACGCGGCGGGCCUACCACAGGUUGGCUGUGGCGGCGGAAGAGACGGAUUGGCAAAGGGUGCUUCAACGGCGGUGGCGCCGUUGUACUUCUCAUCGUACCUCAAACAAACGUGCGGGUUUGAGUCCCCGCAGGAACGCCAGUCCUCCCAGCGGUCUUCUGUCUUGGGAGAAAGCCAAUAG